GAAAAAUAAACAAAAUGGGAAGCUUGAAUUGUAUUUGACAAUCAACAUGUUUAGCCAUAUGAGAUCUAUGUCAGCUCCAGAACUCUACGUACGCUCCACGGAUGUGAAAACCACCACGAAUCCAACUGGGAAUGACACCAACUAUUCGUUUAGCUCUGGAGUUGGUUCAAGCACUGAUCUUCGCAACCAGGACAGACUACAGCCAGAGCAAUCUCAGGAAAAUGCCAAAUGUAAGUUUUUGAUACAUCGACCAUCUCGGAUUGCCUUUCUGUCGUAUGUCUACGUGCUGCUCGGGUGUCAAGUGUUUCUAUCGACGCUACAAUUCUUGUGCUCCACUUAUCGCUGGCGUCCUCUGCUCAAUGGAGCCGAGAGGAGUCUCUAUGUGCUGUUGUUGCUGUUGACCUGGUUGAAUUUGUCACUGGCAUUUUUUGGAUUUCGACGGUUGCAGUUUAGUUAUCCCUUUAACUGGAUCAUCUUUGUGUGCAUGUUCGAGAGUCUCACUUUAUUAAUGGUGUGCCUCUGCAUACGUGAAUUGGAUCUCGCCUGGUACUACAUACUUAUUGCAGUGACUGUACUUUUACUCUACACACCAUUAGGUCUCUGGAUUCCCCCCAAGUUGACGGCCAACAUUUGGAUAUUAAUACUUUUAGCUGUGUCUGUGCUGAUUACCACAAUGUUGUCCCUGGCAAGUGGACUCUCCAUGCACAUCUAUGUGCCCCUGACUGCCUGUAUUAUCUUCUUUGGUCCUUGGACUACCUACAAUGCCUUUAGAUUGCACACGUUGGCACAGGACAGAUACUCCAGAUAUAGAUACUUGGAGUUGGCGGCUAAAAUGUAUAUAACUUAUGGCUGCACUGUCGGUGGUCUGGUGUUGGUCAGUCGGAUUGCCAAUGAAUCCAUUGAGUCCGAGAAUUGCAAAAGUCUUGUGUUUUGCCAUAAGAAAUCCUUGAGCAUCACAUAUGCACCGUCAUCCAAUUGAAUAUGUGUCGAAUCGAUACAUGUUUCCCCACAAACGAAACACAACAACAACAACAACCAAUAGCACAUGGUUACAAUGAAGGCAUAGACUGUUGCACAGGUGUAGAGCACCCAAUAGAGAUGAUGCAAUCGACUCUUCUUCGCCUGCCUCACAAUCUCAAAGUCCUCGCGCUCCACCAUCAUCCCUUGGGUAACAAUCCAUGCGGCCAGCCAGGCCUGCACUGUACAAAAGAGUAGGCCCCAGUGGGUCAAGUAUAUCCACCACUUGGCAUAGUGGUGCUCAUGAUGAUCCUCAGUCCGGCCAAUGUCCAGCAGCGAGCAUACCAAUGCCGCCAGGCACGUUAUGGCCGUUAUCCAGCGAUAGAACAGAUACACAAUUCGCACCUGAGUAUUGCGUUGCCACUGAAAUUGGUUAAAAAUGUUUACAAUAAUUCCAAGCAAUGGGAUUUCCAAAAACAAUUUAUGGUUAUGCUUAUAUAUCUUUUAUAUCUAUAAAUUAAAUUAAUUGUCGAUUUUUUCAUUUA